CAAUCCUCUGCAUUGCUAGCGGCCUCUGGCGUCCUAGAAGCAGAGAGAGGAGGAGCUGCGUGAGAGAGAGAGAGAGAAGGGAGAGAGACCGGGGAGGGAGAGGGCGCGGUGGUGGAGCCUGGUGCGGCGAACUGGCGGCGGCGAGCUGUGGGGGCGGUUGAGGGCGCCCAGAUCCGGUCGGUGGAGGCAGUUGGCGGAGCUCCGGCCGGCGGGGCUCCUUGGAUGCGGUGGCGACAACAGUUGACCUGCAGGGUGUCUCGGUUAGGAGAGAAAAGAGAAGGGAGGAGGAAGGAGAUGGUAGGCGGGACAGCGGUGGUCGCCGGCGGCAAGGUCCCCGGAGCGCCGCGGGGGUUGGGCAGCUCGGCCUCUCCCGAUCCAUACGGGAUCGAGGCAGGCGGCGCGCUGCAGUUGUCCACAGCCAGGGCCGGGGGUUGAUUGCGUUUUUUUAUUUAGAUCUAGGGGUGUUUACGUCAAUUUUUGCCAAGUCAGCAUCUUACAAUCAGAGCCCACCUGUCAGGAAAGUGCUUAAAUGGGCUAAAUCCCCCGGAUCAGUGUUUUCUGAAAAAAGAUUACUGAAUGCGCGGCGGCUUUUGCAAAAAAUUAGGGGCUGGGUAUUUUUUUCGCAAACUUAACAUCAAAUGUGGUGUUUUUUUGCUUUUAACUCCCUUGGACGCAUAAGUUUAGGCCUUACCAGUGUGCAGUUGCCUGACGACAACUCCAAAAAAAUAAGGAGUAGAUAUGUACUCCCUCCGUCCCAUAAUAUAAGAGGUUUUUUUGAUACAGGAAGUAGAAUGCAGUAGUUUCGGAGGAUGGGCAGGCUACGUUUUGGCAUUUGGUGGAUUAUUAUGAUAAUGCCGUCUGUAAGACAAUCUUUUGUCUGUAUUACGGUUUGGCAGCCAACCUUAACAAUGUUUCCACACCUACCUUCUCAUUGCAGAUUAUACAAAGCCGGGCCUAACAAGUUUGUCGACGCUCAACAUUUCCAGUCGCUCGCUGCCACCAAGCUCCACUGGCUUGCUCGACGCGCAUCAACCAAAUCUAGAAGCACAACCAAGUCCGUCAUCAGGUGCCCCUCCUAGAGACGCUUCUCAUCAGCAACAACCUGAGACGUCCGUCCGUCCGAGGGUCCAUCUCGGGCUGCCGAGCGCACUGCAUCCCGUGUGACAACGAUGAAGCAACAGAUCGGCCAUGCUAGGGAGAAAACGACGGUCACGCGCCGUGUCCGGAGAAGAUCGCUUUCGGCCUUGCCAUCGAUCUAUCUAAUCUACCUAACGGCGGUGUGAACUGGAGAUAAGCCUAACCUAGAGAGAAAGAGAGCUUCCUCCCAGGUGAUGGAUAAAGCAACGGCAACCGAAGAUGACGCCCUCUGCCAACUGCUGAAAGAUAUAUCGUCGAGAGUUAUGCCCACGGAGAGCAGCAGCAGCAGCAUUCGGAUUUCUCCACAAUCAAGGGUUGGGAAUAGUGAUCUGUCCCACUUGGUGAAAUGCCUUGUUACUACGACGUUGAUGACAUCCUCAUGGAGGAGGAGCUUAUUUCGGUUGUUUUCCAAGUGACUGCAAAUGGUGUUGGAAUGCUAGAUCCUGGCGCUGAGAGAAACAGUGUUGAAAAGGGUGCCAAGGUAGACCUUCCAUUUUGGCUUGCUCAUGGGAUGCUGUCUCUGGAACAAGCGGUGUCGAUAAACGUACCUCCUUGCUUCACCCAGAAAACUCGGAAGGAGAUCCAAGCUGAUGCAGCCUGUGUUGAUUUGAGGGUUCGGUGCCCUUACUUUUAUGAGCUAGGAUGCAAGAUUGUUCCUCUGGUGGGUGACAAGAGCAUCGGCCAGUUCUUGCGCUACGCGUUCACCAGCAGGUACAAGGAGGUACUAAGCAAGGCACACAGCUCUUCGACGAUGACAGUGCCCAAGUUCGCAACACGACUUACAAAAGAGGAGGCUCAAGUGUUUGAAUCUGCUAGGGAGUCGAUGUCCGCCUUCAGGAAGUGGCGCGUCGGGGGUGCGAGGCUGCAGAAGGCGUCCAUUCUUGGAAGGAAGAGGAAGACAAAGCUGCCUGACGGGCCUUCGACGCCCUGAACUGUGUACUGCGCAGCAGCGGAGUCGGAGUGCCUGGGCAGGAGAUGGCCGAUGUAUGCACACUGAUUGAUCCGUGAUCAGCAGCCAUCCAUGCAUUUCAAUCUGGUGCACCUGAUGUGUCUGUCGUCUGAAACUCUGACUUCAACUCUUGUUUUUAGAUGCUUGUCUUACUGCAACUCUCGAGGAGGCUUUGCAAAAUCAUUGCAAAACAUCAUGUGCGCUCAUGUCUCCGUUCAUGCGACCAAAUGGAAUUAGCCAAAGAGCAGAAUAACUUGUGGCA